GCUUGAUUGACAGUAGAACCAACCAAACAGAUGUGUCCACCCAGGCGUUGACUCUUCAUGAGCAAAGUGCUGGGCGAGGCCAGGCAGUUGUGUUUGAAAGUCUGGGGAAGGCGGACGAACAAGUGGAAUCAAACAGCACACAUUUCCAGAGUGAUUACAACCACCAGCGGGGUCGCGAAAACAAUAACAUAAACAUGGCUUAUGUGAAGACAGUGACAGCCGGGGAAUGUUUUAGCAAUCAGUCUAAUUCUACAUUGGCUCUGCCACCCGCCGACAAGCUCAGCACAUUGGCCCGAAUGGACAGUGAGAAGAGAGUCGGCAGCCAGGUGCGCAUGAUGAUGGAGAAUAAGCGAAAUCAGCAAAAGUCUGUUAAAAAAGAAUUGGCAAAUGGUCAGUGGAACAUGAACCAAAGAGAGAUCUUUGAUUUUGGAAAUUCAUUUCGAAGUAUGACCAUCAAGAAUCAAGGAACGCAGAGGCGCAAGGGUUCACAGUAUGAUGGCACCAUGAAAGAAUUUUCCAGCACAGAAACUUAUGCAACAGGAGUCCCAAGAGAAUACCAGCAAAAGAGUCAUUUUAGCUCCUUUAGUGUGAAGGGGAAACGAACAAUCAGCAUGCCAUCACACUAUCGAAAACAUUCAGGUCCACAAAGUCCAAUGGGUGACAACGAAGUUUUCUCCAGACAAAUGGCAAGCAGUCGAAGUGAACCAGAUCUCCUAAAUAUGCAAAAUACACAGACUAUAAGAAGGCUGAGAAGCAAGUACCGCCCUCCAGAUCGGACCAAGAGCCUUUAUGCAAGGCGAAGUAUUGUCCACCAUUCUGCAAUGCUCCCAGACACUAAAAGUCAGGAAAAAGAAAGGUUAAACUUACAGGCUUCAAGGAUUCAAAGUACUAAAAGAGGAAGUACUAUUUAUAGAACAGCAAAUGGAAUACGAGACUUUGACAGCAGCAUGAAUCUAAAAAAAGCCGUGAUGCUUUUAUCCGAUCAGGAUCCCAGCAUUUUGGCCUACGCUGCUUCUUACAUUCAGCAUGAGUGCUUUAAGGAGGACACGGCUAAAACAGCGAUUUCUGAAAUGAAAGCAAUUCCUCAAUUGAUCAACCUCUUGGGAAUCAAAAAUAACAACGUUCAGCAAUCUGUCUGUGGAGCUCUUCGAAAUGCAGUUUACAAGAAUGUCAACAACAAGCUUGAAGUAAAGAAAAAUGGUGGGAUCAAACCAAUCCUUCAGAUCCUGAGAGAAACAAAUGACCUGGAAACACAGAAGCAAAUAACUGGACUCUUGUGGAAUCUUUCAUCAUGUGAUGAGCUCAAGGAUGUCUUGAUUAAGGAGGCCCUGCCAGCCCUGACUGAGUCUGUAAUUAUUCCACAUACUUCUGAGAAAUAUGGAAAUCCGAGAAUCAAUGAUCCUGAGGUUUUCUACAAUGCUACAGGAUGUCUAAGGAACCUGAGCUCUGCUGGCCAAGAGGGUCGGCAGUUGAUGCGCAACUGCAAUGGAUUAAUUGAUUCUCUCAUGACUUAUACUCAAACGUGUAUCAAUGCAAACCAAGUUGAUGCAAAGUCUGUUGAAAACUGUGUCUGCAUCCUACAUAACCUCACAUACCACUUGGAUACUGAAGUACCAGCUGUGUUCAGCCACAUUAAUGCGAAAGGAAAUGUGCAAAGCCAAAACAGAACAACAAAGAAGUCCUCAGUGGGUUGUUUCAGUCCGGGAAGUGAUCAGUUUGAUGAGCCUGAUUUAGAUAAUAUGCCUUUCCCGAAAGAGGAUGACAACCCUAAAGGUGUGGACAACCUGUCACAUUCAAAAGCAAUCAAAAUGUACACAUCCCUUUUGGGUAAAUCCAAGUCUGAUGCCACGUUGGAAGCUUGUGCUGGAGCUCUGCAGAACCUUACCGCCAGCAACAAAAUGUCAUCAUACCUGAUGAGUUCAAACAUAGUGAACAAGGAGAGGGCACUCCCUCGGAUCGCAAACCUUCUCCAGUCGAGCAACCCAGACAUACAGAAAACUGCAGUUUCAUUGUUGAACAACAUGUCAAGGCACAAUAGUCUUCAACCAGAUUUGGCAUCUCAGACAUUGCCAGAGUUAGCACGACUUCUUCCUGGAGGAGGUAAUAGCUCCAAGACUUCGGAUGACACCAUUGCUUCCGCCUGUAAUAUUAUGCGAAAUCUGGUGCCCAAUAAUACUGCCAUAGCAAAAACAGUACUACAGGGUUCGAUGUUGAAUAAUCUUAUGAGCCUCAGUAAAUCCAGUGCCUACCCCUCAGCUGGUAAAGCUGCCUGUCUCUUCCUCUAUGAAAUGUGGGCACAGAAAGACUUGCAGAAUUUCUUCAAAAGGGAGGGUUUUAGCAAGAAGGACUUUGUAAAUCACCUGACAUCAGCCGCUGUCAAAUUAGCUCAACAGAAUGCAGGGAGGAUCCCAAGCAAAAAAUUCCUUUAACUGAAAUGUUCAAUACUCUCAAGGUGGAUUCUCUUUUGGUGACUAAAGAUCAUUUCAAUGGAACUCCUAUGAUGCUGAAUUUAUGGAGAAAAUUUGCAUGUUAAGCCACAAGUAAAUGUUGUGCUUUGGGAGUGGGGAGGGGUAAAGUAAAAUGGUCGCAAUUUUAUCUUUGCUUUAACUCGUAAAAUUGAAUAUCGCAAGCUUACAGUUCACGAUAUAUAUUCAUAUGUCAGUGUGAAAAUUUUCAUCAGGCAACAAGCUUUGCCACAAAAUUUCAAGGCUGCAAUUUUGUGCACACUCAAUACACACAAACAUGUAUACAUACAAAUAUGAUUUUUUGUCUGUCUCAACAUCCAUACAUAUACACAAACAUACAUACAUACAUACAUGCAUUCAACUAAGCGAUUAACUACUGGGCUGGGAUUGGGUCCUCCACAGCCUUUGUCCAGUGGAGGCCCCCAAAUAGAUCCACCCCAUGUUGCCCAUUGCUAAGUAACUGCAUAUUUUUAGGGACUGCAUGUAGUGCCAGCACUUUACCAUUUCUGUGGCAGGCUGAUCUGAGUUGGGAAUUCCAGUUGGAGGAGUCAUUUAUUUCAAGCCAAUUAAUGGUCUAACAUGCUGUAAAUUGUCUGUGUGGUGAGCUGAAAGAAGGCUUGCCCUGAUUUUUUUUUUGUUUAAGCCAAGGGCAGACAUCUGCACAUAAAAUUCUGGCAAAUGUGCUUAUUAGUCAGGUUUAAAUUAAUGGUAACAGCAAGGUGGUUGAUAAAUUGUUGCACCAUGACUUUGGGUACACUGGCUACCUGUUUAGAAAGUUCUAUGUAAAAUAGCAUCAGAUAAUUUUGUUACUUUAUUUCAGUAGGAAUAACUUAACUUAGCUGUUUAGCAGAUGACACUUCAGAUCUCCAAUCCUUUCAAUAAACACAUAAGCUUUUUUGUAUUCUUCUGAUGCCACCAACUUGUUAUUCCAAUAUUUGCCUCUGCAAACAUUAAUUAAGAAUGUUAGAAUAACAAAUAUACAUUGAGAAGACAAAUACAUUACAGUCUUGACUUGUUAUGAACAGAUCUAACUGCAACAGAAAGACAAAGUAAAAAUGUUCACUGUUUCAUUGAAUCUUUUUGAUUUGUGAUUUACACUCUAAGCAUACAUGUCAUGUGUGUUCUGCUGCUUACACAUGUUCCUUGUUUAUGAAUGUACAUUAUAACACUCUCUUUGAUCUCUUCCGAAGAAAGUAAUAGUUUAAUCCUGCUUAAAAUGCCAUUGUUAAGUAGGAAUUUAUAACUGUUUGACCUGUUAUUUGCCUCAUAUGUCCAUAACCUUUUUGGUUCAAUGGGAUUGCUAUGUAAACGCAUCUCACAAACCAAGUUCAGUAAUAAAUCAAACUUAGUAAAUAUUAAAAACAAUUUCACAGUAAAUUAAUCUUCGAAUACCUGAGUUUAAACAGGAUCAAACAUAAACAACCAUACAAUGGGUUCUAUUGGCAUCUUUACCUUUUGAUUUGAUCUCUGAAGCAGUCAGCAAUGUUGGAUUUCUUUCUGAUAGUUUCCAAAUUUACUGGCAGUGUCCGACCACAGCAAAACAAAACAUUGAUAUUGUUCAUUACCCUUUCAAAAUCAUUCAUUCUGAUUUUGUUCAGAAUACUAAAAAAAACUAAUGAUAGCUCUGAUUAAAUACCCCGCUGUCAUUUUCAACGUAGCAUGAAAGUAGUUUGUUAAUCUAUCUUAAAUAUUGCAUAUCAAAUCUUUCAGGCUGUUACUAAUUAAAUUCAUUAGUGGAUGUGCAUUCCAAAUUUACUACCACCCCUUUACAUGAAUACAGUUCCAAUAUGACUUACCCAGAUUGUGUCAACAGGCACAGCCUCUGAUGAAGAGUCAUGUGGACUCAAAAGAUCAGCUUGUUGUCUCUCCAUCGAUAUUGCCUGCCCCACUGUGAUCUCCUGCAUUUACUAUUUUUAGUACAGAUUUUAGACAAGAUGCUUUAGGACCAGAGAAAAGUAUUUUACAUUAUCUUAUUUGAUAGAUUUCUCUUCUGACAAAACAUAUGUAAAAUAAUUAGCAUAAUCAGACAUUCAGCUUAGUUUUAAUAUUAAAGACAUAUUUUCUUGAAUAUUAAAGAGUGUUGCAAUGCACACAAUCCUGCUGUGCAUGAUAUAUUUUCUUUUAACAAUCAUAUGGUUUGAGAUAUUUACAAAGCUUGUAAAUGAACUGCAUUGAAUUUUUUUAUGGUUAUGGAGGCAAAAGUAGAGUUCAAACUGUUGUUGUAAAUUGCUUGGGGAUUCUCUUUUUGUUGUUCCUGCAUUUGCAUCUUGCUGAAUGUCAAUUUUUUUUAAAUAGGGGAAACUAAAAUCAGACUUUGGAGUUGCAAUUUGGCAGUCAGUUUAAAGCCUGCUAGCUUGUACCAUGUAGAAUAUUUACAAACUAAAAUUAAGCGUGAGUGUUAUUGCCAUUGAUGCUAAAUUGUAUUGGACCUGAUACUUGAAAGUUUUGUCUUGAUAAAGACGAUGUGGAGACAUACUAGUAGUUUGUCAAACUCAGUGCAAUUAGGUUAAUUGAAAGCAUUUGUCUCAGAACCAGUGAAGAGUGACUUAUUAUACACUAUUAGCAUGUAGAAUAUGUGUUCCCAUCAGAGGAUAAUUUGGAAAGAUAUGUUGCAAAGCUUGUCGUUUAUUGAAAUUUUGACCAAGAUGUUGUGUCAAUUGGUAUCGAAUAGUUUCCUUGUUCAACUAGGGGCAUUAGGCUGGAUGUGGAAACCAGUCAAUGUGAGACUUCUGAGGAGCACCUGGCUACACCUGCCAGCUCAGCCUGUUGCUAUGUUUUCUUCCCAUCAUGUGGAAGCUGCAGGACAACUGGUAAUUAAGAAAAUAGAAGCAGAGAGAAAGGGUGAAAAUCGUGGAAGCCAGUUCACUGUAUCUGCAAGGGUGCAACAACAUCAUCUUGCACUUAUUUAGCAUCGUUAAUGUAGAAAGAUUUCCAAAAUGUUUUGUAUAGAUAUAAUCAAAUUUAAAAAAAACACAAUGGAUGCUGAGCUAAAGAAAACACAUUAGGAAGUGUGAAAGAGUUGUAUUUUGACAAGAGUUUUUUUAAAAAGCCAAAGCAGGUGGCACCACAGGGAUUUGAGGGAAAAUGUCCAGGGGUGGCGCUUGGGGUCUAAAAUGCAGGCCUUCAAUACAUCUAACAUAAGGCAGUCUGUGUUGAUAUUGUCAAAAUGCGAUAUAUUAAGUCUUUUGUUUUAUCUAAGAUUGUAUAACCACAACAUUUUAAAAUUCUGUACAGUUAAAUACCUUAUUUCAGAUGUUGCAGGAAAUACAUUAAGUUCUUUCUGAAUAAAGAAAAAUUAAA